GUGCGCGCGCCUUCAAUUUAGAUUUUGCAAUUCCAUCUUCCAAUUCUAUCGCGCUGGGCCAAUUUUGCGCGACGGAGUAGAAAGGUGUUUUAUGCUACGCUCCUAACCCUAGGAGUGAGAACGGCUUUCUCACACGAGAGACGACAUGGCGGUAGCCGUAGCGAUGGAUUCUUCUGUUGACAAGCUGCCUGGGGUGGAUAAGGAGGUCAAGAGGCUCUGGAUCACGAAAUUGAGUCUACGCUGCAUCGCGGCGGUUCUCAGUCUCGUCGUCGUCGGGUGCUGCGCUGGGACUUAUUUCGGGAACCCCGUGUUACUGGGUCCAGCAGCCGCCGCGCUGCUAUGGAGUAUCGCUGAGGCAAUCACUCUGUUUGUCCGUCGGCAGACGUACAAGGGAAUCCACCCCGGUGCCUGCGUCGGCGUCGAUCUAAUUCUCUGGCUUGUGCUGGGGACGAUGGCGGGGUUGCAGGCGUUUGUGUUAUUCGAUGGGAAUGUUAUAUCUGGGCCGCUUGAUUUGCUCUAUACCAUUGCUGCAGUCUUUGGGUUGGUUGUAACAGCUUUACUCAUCGCACUCUUCAUCAUAGCUUGCAUCGAGACGCAUCGCCGGCGGAAGGGAGGUGUGCCACUUGCUCCAGUUCCUUACUACCCAGACCAGCAGCAGGGCGCAUUCAACCAGCAUCAACCCGUCUUGAACCCAAAUCAGCAGCCUGGAGCAUUCAACCCUAAUACGCCCUUCAACCCAAACCAGCAGCCCGGAGCAUUCAACCCUCACCAACCUCACCCCCCCUUCAACCCAACCCAACAGCAGCCCAACCAACAGCCAGGCGCCUUCAUCCCCAACUCCCAACCAACAACAUUCACCGCAAACCCGUACCCCACAACUUUCCCCCCUACGUCCCCCUUCCCCGCCCACUACGCGCAACCACAGACACAAACGCCCUCCCCCCAAUCCACCACCACCCAGCCAUUCGGACAAGGCACAUUAGCGCCAUCGCAGCCUCCCCAAUGGGUUGGAAAUUCGACGCCUCAGGGGCAGUAUGAGAUGUCUAGUUCUCCGGCGCCUCAGGCAGCUAGAAUCUUCAAUGGCGGACCUCCUCAUGCAACAGGGGGAUUUAACAACGGACAGCAGCAGGCGCAGCACGAGUUAGCAGGAGGCACCCCGGCGCCGGGGGGGUUCACCCAGAUUGCUCCGCAGCAGAUGUCACAGUAUGCCAACAAAGUGGGGAGUCCGCCACCAUUGUAUGAGAUGUACGUGCGCCCUACCGGUGCCGAACGUGGCGGGGGGGUGUCGCAUGAGAUGGGGGGUGCGAGGUAG